AUGCCUCGACACAAACGCCAGCGACCCGCCUGGCUACCAUCCUGGGUCCCAUACAAAGAUGGACGGUACUUGGGACUGGCUAGACAGACGAUCUUGGCGUGGAUGUCUACAAUCCUCGCCUUGUCGUUCUUCUUUAUGACGGUCGCUUAUGCCACGCAGAAGUCUCGAUUUUCGAGAGUGAAAUUUGUGCACUCUUCACCGUCGAAUACGAUAAUGGUUCUUCGCGUCCUGUCUGAAGCGGCUGGUCUCUUCCUGGGCGCCUCAGUAUAUUCGACAUUUGAAGUUGUUCAAUGGGUUUUAAUCUCGCGGCCGGAAGGAAUUCGAUUCCCGCAGUUUCUGGCACUGCAAUCGAGUACUGGACCGCUGGGCUUGCUUGUACUCGCUUUGGGACGGGGUCUACCGGCGGGCCAAUGGCCAAUGAAGCCACGCUUGAUGAGCUUGCUUCGACUGAUCGCGGAGACUGCGAUUCCCUUGAUUGGGGUUCUAAUAAUGAGUAAUGUGAAUACGCACCCCGUCUACACUCCUGUACCAUCAACUCUAAUGCCCGUGGCAUUCGGCAUGGAAACCUUCAAUGGGAGCGUGGCUUCGCAGUUGGGCGUUAUGGAAGACCUGCUGUUCAACCUGGGCUACGUCGCAUUUCUCUCCAACCCAUUGCACGCAAUCGACAUCACCCCAGAUGCCGAGAAAAAGAAGAAAGACUGUGUGAAGGGCUUGGGAAAGACAUCAGAUACCAGCUGCGCCCGCCAUGUUCUGAUAACUCAGGAGUUCCAGAAUGUAGACGCCGCCAUACCAUUCCAUGGAGAGCUGGAUUCCCAGGUUGUCGUGGCUUUCAACCAGCGGAUAUACUCGCUGGAGUACCACGACAACAUCGAUAUCCCCCGAACGAGUGCGAGGUGCGAAGAACUCAGCUCCGGGCCGGCAGCGUAUAUGAUCUGUAUGAGGAAUGCGCCAGACGGGUCCAUCGAAGCGGCAAUGAUAUCAUGUCCUGCUAGCCUCGUCUCACAAGGUCAAUGCGAACGAAAUACGACUUGGAAAUCCAACCGCGGAUUCACCACAUCUCUAAGCGCAUCCUUUCUCAACGCAACCGUUUCCUACGAGCGUACCGAUGGCCGCGUCCUCUUGCAUGAAGACCAGACGGAUACCAAGCCCACCAUGAUAGACGCAUCCGAGCUGCUCGAUGCCCUGACUGUCCUCCUCAACGCAAGCUAUAUACCACCCAACUCCAGCCUUUCAAAUCCUAUCCUCGGCACCCCAACCCACUCCUUUGGCCGCCUCAUUGCGGGACACAACUACCGAAUAAGCAAGAUCAUGGAGACCAGCCCCGAGUAUUUUGUACGUGGUACCAACGCCAUCCAGUCCAUCCUUGCAAUCACCCUCUUCUACUGCCAGAACGGUGUCCUUGGACAGACGGUGAUGCCUUUUGUUUCAAACUCCACUUCCGUAAAAUCAUACUACAGCGACGGCGCUUUCUCAAAGCAGAACGACAACGCCUAUGUGGCCCUCGCAAACAUCCAAUACAAGGUCAAAGUCGGCCGCGCGACGCUGAUCGCUUACACUGUGGUCGGCGGGGUGACGCUUUUCGUCUGCGUCACUGCGCUGGUUAUCGGCAGCCUGCUUGAACUGGUCAAGUUCGAUGCUGAGCCGACGUUGUGGCCGGCGCUGGAUUUCUACACCCAGUGCCGAGUGGAGGACCAGAAUGGCAAGAUCGUGCCCGCGCAUAAGAGGGUCGAACUCGCGUGGAUUCAUGAUGGCAGACAACUGUUCAAGGAGAUUGAGGGCUUGAGAGUGACGAGAAGGAAGCGGGGCCAUGGACCACUGCCAGAGCCUGGCGCCGAUUUGGAAAGGCGUGGUGAUGGAUGA